CGCGCGCACACACAGCUGGCGAUCCUUUCCGCACAUCUCUCGCCCUACAGCAAACGGGUUCUUCCCCCAAGGAAAGGCUCUAGGUUUUCCCCGCCCACUCUCGGCCUUUCAGGAAGGAGCCGCGGCGCCAAGAUGAGCGGAGAAGAGAACCCAGCCAGCAAGCCCACGCCGGUGCAGGACGUGCAGGGCGACGGACGCUGGAUGUCCCUGCACCAUCGGUUCGUGGCCGACAGCAAAGAUAAGGAACCCGAAGUCGUCUUCAUCGGGGACUCUUUGGUCCAGCUAAUGCACCAGUGCGAGAUCUGGCGGGAGCUCUUUUCUCCUCUGCACGCACUUAACUUUGGCAUUGGCAGUGACAGUACGCAACAUGUGCUUUGGCGACUGGAGAAUGGGGAGCUGGAGCACAUCCGGCCCAAGAUUGUGGUGGUCUGGGUGGGUACCAACAACCAUGGACACACAGCAGAGCAAGUGACGGGUGGCAUCAAGGCCAUUGUGCAACUGGUGAACCAACGGCAGCCCCAGGCCCGGGUCGUGGUGCUGGGCCUGCUUCCGAGGGGCCAGCACCCUAACCCACUUCGUGAGAAAAACCGGCGAGUGAACGAGCUGGUCCGGGCAGCACUGGCUGGCCACCCACGGGCCCACUUCCUGGAUGCCGACCCUGGCUUUGUGCACUCAGACGGCACCAUAAGUCACCAUGACAUGUAUGAUUACCUGCACCUGAGCCGCCUGGGCUACACACCUGUCUGUCGAGCCCUGCACUCCCUGCUUCUGCGUCUGCUGGCCCAAGAGCAGGGCCAGGGUGUCCCCCGGCCAGAGGCUACACCCUAAGCAUCCUCCUGCCCCAACAUUAAAUUCUCGUUCCUUAGU